CAUGUGUACAGUUUUGGUGAUUUUAAGGGCUGCUGGGUCCAUCCUGUGAAGCUUGUUUUUGCCUGAGCUGCUCUUGAGGUGAGCAGCGUGUGUCCCAGAUGCCGCCAUGCCCAUCAUCAGCAACGCCAACCAUGACUUUAGCAACCUGUCUGUUAGCGACGACAGCAGCCUCGACCGCAUCUUCACCGAGAUACCAGAGACUGAGACCAUCAAGGGAGUCUACUACCAAAGGGCUCAGUUCAUCCGUCGGCCUGAGGACUUGCUCUCCAUCGACCACGGCCUGUUAGCGGUGAUCAAUGUGGGGGGAAAUCGCUACACCUUCCCCUGGAGCACCCUGGAGCAGUUCCCCCUCACACGCCUGGGUCGUCUGUGCGGCUGCCGCUCGCCAGAGGACAUCGCCGACGUCUGUGAUGACUACGACGAAGCCCGCAAGGAGUUCUUCUUCGACCGGUCACCCUCCGCCUUCAGGGUCAUUCUCAACUUCCUGGCAGCGGGCAAACUGCGUCUACUGAGAGAGAUGUGCGUUCUGUCUCUGCAUGAUGAACUGACGUACUGGGGCGUGGAGAUGGCCUACAUGGAGCGCUGCUGUAAAAGAAAGAUGUAUACUCGGAUAGAGGAGGUGCACGAGCAGGAGAGGAGAGACGAGGAGAGGAGGCAGAGGAAUGCCAUGCAGAGAGUUCCGGUGGAGGAGACACGUUAUCGGAAGGUGAUGAACUGGCUCAGAGACAUGGUGGAGAAUCCACAGUCAGGGCUACCAGGGAAGAUCUUCGCCUGUAUGUCAGUCAUCAUGGUGGCAGUGACAGUGGUCAGCCUGUGCAUCGGGACUAUGCCGGACCUGAGAGAGGAGGAGGACAGGGGUGAGUGCUCCACCAAGUGCUACAACAUGUUCAUCAUUGAGACCGUGUGUGUGGCCUGGUUCUCCUUGGAGUUCAUGCUGCGCUUUAUCCAGGCUCAGAGCAAACUCGACUUCCUGCGUGGGCCCCUCAACAUCAUCGACGCCAUGGCUAUCUUGCCGUACUACGUCUCCCUGGUGGUGACCGAGAAGGAGCCUGGGACGGAGCAUGACAAGCCUGGAGGAAAGGGAUACCUGGAUAAGUUGGGUUUGGUGCUACGGAUCCUGCGAGCACUGCGGAUCUUGUACGUGAUGAGGUUAGCGCGGCACUCGCUCGGGUUACAGACUCUGGGGCUAACGGUCAGGCGGAGCACGCGGGAGUUCGGGCUGCUGUUGCUGUUCCUCUGUGUGGCCGUUACUCUCUUCUCCCCGCUGGUCCACUUAGCCGAAAGCGAGCUCACUGGGACACAUGACUUUAGCAGUAUUCCCGCCUCCUACUGGUGGGCAAUCAUCUCCAUGACGACCGUGGGUUAUGGCGACAUGGUUCCCAGGUCCAUCCCGGGGCAGGUGGUGGCUCUCAGCAGCAUUCUCAGCGGGAUCCUAAUCAUGGCCUUCCCCGCUACCUCCAUCUUCCACAUGUUCUCGCGCUCGUACCAGGAACUCAAGAUGGAGCACAAGAGACUGUUCAAAGAGGAGUGUGCAGCUGCCGCCGCCGCCGCCGCCGCUGCCACCGAGGAGACGCCGGAGGUGGGAGGGAACCCGGGCAGAGGAGGGGGUAUAGAGGGGGGGCUGGAGGACUCUGCUCCAACCAGACUACACCUGGAGAAGGACAGUGUGCACUCAAUGGAGUCCCUGGCCCUGCUGGGGAAAGGAAACAACAACCACACUCUGCCACCAGCAGCCUUCUGAACUCUAAUGACUCAAUUAUUCAAUCCUUAACUUCCAAUACACUAAUGCCCCUUUCAUAUGCGCACAAGGAGACCUGCUGGAGAAUUACA